AGAUGAAUGAAAGGUGUGUGUAGUUUUUGAGCAGUUUUUGAGACAUGAUAUUGAGUAAAGAUUAUUUUCCUAUUGACAUUUGUAGAAAACUGAGUGCAGAAGAGAGAGUGAAGUGGGAUGCAGGGCGUGGUGGCAGCAGCAGCAGCAGCAUCAGCAUCAGCAGAGCGGAGGACAGGCGGUGAGACUGGUCAAAGCCGCAUCUUGGUGAAGUGAAGUGACGACCUAUCUUCCCUGCACCGUGCACCAUACCCCGGCACCAUGAAGCGAGGAGGGGAAAGAGACCUCUCCCCGUCCAGCAAGAGGUCGAGGUCGAGCGUGGGUCGGUAUGAGGACAGUAGCGAGGACGAGGGGCGCAGGAGCAGCCGCGGCGGCAGUCCGGGCCGCCGUUACGAUCUGCACCGGGAUGACUUCGGGCGGCCUUCUCGUGGACCACCGCCCCCCGCCUACAAAGUGCUGUGUGUGUCCAACCUGCACGCCAAAGCCAGUGACGAGAUGGUGCGCGAGGCGCUGUACCGUGAGUUCAAGAGGUUCGGAGACGUGAAUGUGAAGGUGUCCCUCGGUGCGGACGAGCGGCUCGCUUAUGUGUACUUUAGGAGCGGUGAGGAAGCCCGCGAGGCCAAGCACAGUAAGCCCAGGAUUCUGUUCUAUGACCGCCCCGUGGUGGUGGAGCCCGUUUAUGAAGCCGCCAGGGACUACGGCCCCCCGAGGGGUCGCUCCCGCAGCCCCCCUGACUAUGACCGCAGUUAUCGGCCCAGGAGUCCCCCGGGGCCCGAGCUGGAGGACCGCUACGAGGCGCGGUUUGACAGGCGCCGCCCACCGCCGCUGCCUCACAGUGAUUACUAUGCCGAGGCGCCGCUGCGGCAGGACGAGUACAGCUACAGGCAGCAUCGUGGGCGUGGCAGCCUGCACAGCCACUACGGUCCUCUCAUCCGGGGAGGCUUCAAACACAGCUUUGGAAGUAGGGGCGGGGGCGGCGGUGGCAGUGGAGGAGCCAUGGUAGACAGUAAGCGGGAUAAAUUCCCGAACUACCUUCAUCACGUGCCACCUGAGGAGGACCCCCUGGCCACUCGCACACUCUUUGCUGGCAACCUAGAAAUCAACAUUAGUGAGGAUGAGCUACGACGGAUCUUUGGCCGCUAUGGAGUGGUGGACGACAUAGACAUUAAGAGACCUCCGCCGGGCACAGGGAAUGCCUAUGCCUUUGUGCGGUUUCAGAACUUGGACAUGGCGCACCGUGCUAAAAUUGAGUUGUCUGGACAGUACAUUGGCAAGUUUCAGUGCAAGAUUGGCUAUGGGAAAGUGAUGCCCACCACCAGGGUGUGGGUGGGUGGCCUGGGACCCUGGACAUCUGUGACACAACUGACUCAGGAGUUUGAUCGGUUUGGUGCUAUUAAGAAAAUAGAAUAUGUGAAGGGAGAGAGCCAUGCCUACAUCCUAUAUGAGAGUCUUGACGCAGCACAGGCAGCAGUGAAGGAAAUGAGAGGCUCACCCUUGGGAGGACCUGACAAGAGGUUGAGGACGGACUUUGCUGAGGUCAACCCGCCACCACCCGGCUCCUUCCCAGCUGGGUUUAAGAAAGAAUUUGAAGGAGAAUACAGAGAAGAGUGGGCCACAGGACGGGGUGGGGGCUAUGAAGAGUACAGCAGUGACUACGGGGCAGGAUAUGGGCGGGGAAGGGGACGUGGCCGAGGUUGGCAUGAGCGAGGCCGUGGCAGCCACCGUGGAGGGUACCAUGGGGACUACCAGAGAGGAGACUACAGGGACUAUGACGGCACCCCAGAAGGAGACCAUGCAAACAGGAGCCCUGAAGCAGGUGACGGAACUAGCGACAACGGCCUGGGCAGUGCCAGGACGCUGGCAGACGUGGCCCGGAAAACAACCACAUCUUGGCAGGGCUCCUUGAUAUUGAAGAACUCUUCAUUUGGCACAAAGAUGCAUCUAAUCGAGGGUGACAGUGAGGUGGCCGAGAUGAUGCAGGACGACGAAGGGCGACCGCUGCUGCGCAUCACGCAGCGGCUGCGGCUGGACCAGUCACGCCUGGAUGAUGUGAACAGAAGGAUAAGUGCCCCGUCAACUGCUACCAUCCUCUUAUCCCUGCCAAGCACAACAGCUCCUCAGGCUCCGGAAGAAGCUGCAGUUCAGACUCGUCCCUUGAGAAACUUGGUCGCCUACUUGAAGCAGAAAGAGGCAGCUGGUGUUAUAACUCUUAACUCUAGCAAUAAGGAAUCAAACAUGCAGGGUGUGUUGUAUGCCUUUCCUCCUUGUUCCUUCUCUCUGGACUUGCUGCACCGUGUGUCUCCCGGCCUGACGGAGGAGACCACCAGAGAUGACCACCUGGUGAUUGUCAUUGUGCGAGGGGCAGCUGCAUGAGUCUCCGUUCAAGGGUCAAGUGUAUCUUAAGUGUUGCAUUCAAGUAUUUAAUGUAUAAGUGAAUUUAGAAUUGAACAAAUGCUAACAGACUUGUAAUAAUUGUAUUGAUUUUAUUUAAUCUUCAGUAGUGCUUAUUAUGAUUGUGACCUUCAUUUAUUGUGGAGAGUGUAUGAAUUGGUGGAUCUGGGAAAGGAAUGCCAUACAUUUGAUAACUUCUUGUGAAAAGAAAAGAACAAAUGUUUCAGUUGACAAUCUUGUGUUUGUGCUUCUGUGUAGUGCUAUUUUCUUAAUACAGUGAAAUGGUAUUAUCUUUCAGUGUUUAAUUGUGCAUGUGAACCUCUGUUGCAGUGUGGUGAAUAUUAGUGAUAGUGAUUCAAGUGAGUGCUGUGAAUAAGCUCAAGCUUUUUUUUUCAGUUUUGUGAAGUGCUUGUAGUGAAGUGACCCUUCAAAAGUUGUGAUAGUGGUGGUGGUGGUGGAUAAGCAUCAUGCUUUAUUGCAGUCAUGGUUUAACAGUGCUUACAGUGUACCUAAAGAAAAGCUUCCUCAAUCCAGUGUGUAGUGCUUUAGGAAGUGGUCACCAGGUCUUUGUUCUCAAAUCAUUGAGCCCUACAGUGGUACAGGUGCCGUGCUUCUUGCAGUGCAGUGGAUGAAACGCAACAAUCGGCUCAAUAAAGCUUCAACUGUCUCAUUAGUAUUGGUGAAGUGCAGUGAAUUUGAUUUUGUGAUCAACUUCAUUUUGGGGAAAAUGAAAAAAAAAUAAAGUGGAUAAAUCUGUGAAUUGGGUGGUGGGUGUGAGUGAGUGAGUGGAGUGGAGUAAAGUGGAAGUGGAGUGGAGUGGAGUGGAGUGGCUGUUCUUGGGUAAGUUCAAAAUCUGAAAUAAUUCUGGUCUUCGUGAAAAACAAAAAGUGGGUGAUGUGGCGUCCAAGGUGUGAAAAGUACACAGGAUGGUGAAGGUGCAUUGUGGGGAAGAACCAAUUGUUUUACAAAGUAAAACAGUUCAUCAAGGGGUGGCAUUGGUCUGGGGAAGUGCUGGAAAAUUAAGUGGAUCAUGAAGAAACUGAACAGAAUUAGUUAUCAUGGUGUUGAAGUGGCUGGUCAGGGUGGCCAUUACUGAAAUACCUUUUUGUCUCAAUAAGAGACAUUUCUUUAUCAAGAAGUGAAGUGAGGUAACAAAAAAAAGUUUAAUGAACCAUCAAUUAGUGCUUCUUUCAUAUACAACAAUCUGGAAGUGGAGUUUUGCUUUGAAAAUAUGAUUUAAACCAAAAAAUAUUCACCACAUUGAUAUUACAAAAAGUUAUAAACUGUGUUCCCAGUGAUUAUAGUGUUUUUAUAAUUAUUUGUUAUACUAGUGUUUAAUAGCACUACAUGAAAAUAGGUGGUGAAAGCAGCUUGCAGUGAAUGAAGUGUUUGUGCAGGUGUUGGUAAGAAAGUGGUGGUGUGCCCAAGCAGUGCAUUGAAAGUGCCAGUGUAGGAUUCCAGUGCUGCAUUCACUCACUCUGCAGUGAGAGCGCAGUACAGUUCAGUGCCAGUGAAGUGAGCUAUUGUGAUUGUGGUGUGUGAACAGUGAUGCAUGUAGUGUGUGAACAGUGAAGCAGUGCAGUGAACAGUGAAAGUGCAGUGACAGUGACAGUGCUAUUAGAAAGUGAAGUUAGUGAACAUUUGAACUGUGUGGCAGUGCAGUGAACUUAUUAUCAUUAUUAUUAUUAAAACUUGCUUCAAAGGGAAUUGAUGCCUUCAAAUUUUCAAGUAAUUGUUUCUCAGAGAUCUUGACAGAUAAAAUUAUAGUACAUAACACCUUUUCUUUUUCUAUGAAUCAGCUUCUUGAAAUCUUUAUAUGACAUGAAUAAAUUAUGAAUCUCUUGUCAAAA